GUGUUUGCACACCUUCUCUCGGUUGGAUGCACGACAUGGUAUAUAACAAGCACAUUCUCCACUUAACACGCAUGCGCGCGAUGUGCUGUGUAAAAAUCUGCCACGAACAUAUGUAUUCGCAUGUAUUGAUAACAUUAUUUGUGCACGCGCUGCGCAUGUUAUGAUAGUAACCUUGACGUUGCGUAAAACACACGUGCUCGCCAAAGCCUAUCAGGACCAUAGAAGGCGUGUUGAUAUUUACGCGGCUUUGCGCAGACCGAUCGGCGAAUUAUGAUAAGAUAUCGCGAGAACAACUCGAAAGGUGCAAUUUAUUGCGCUCUCGCGGUACUCUGGUGUCAAACGCCGAACAAACUGCGUGGCGUGAGUCUGCACGUGUGUGACGUAACCAAUCAUAUUGAGCCCUUUUCGUUUCCGGUUUGAAGGAAUUCGGUGUGAGAACAUAACGCACGCGCUCGCAGCGUGUACCGGGACGUGACAGAUUUAUAUUUUAAUAAAGACAAUCAGAUUGUGCAAAAAUGCCGACAGUACGUCAGAAUGCUCUCUUCGGGAUGGGGAACCCGCUGUUGGAUAUCUCUGCAGUGGUGGAUAAGGAUUUUCUUGAUAAGUAUGGCUUAAAGCCCAAUGAUCAGAUUCUGGCAGAGGACAAACACAAAGCUCUGUUCGAAGAGAUUGUGAAGAAGAGUAAAGUUGAGUAUCACGCCGGAGGAUCCACACAGAACUCUGUUAAAAUUGCUCAGUGGAUGAUCCAGGAGCCUCAUCGGGUGGCCACGUUCUUCGGCUGUAUCGGUACAGACCACUUUGGGGAGAUUCUCAAGCAGAAAGCGGCUGAAGCUCAUGUGGAUGCUCAUUAUUAUGAACAGAGUGCAGAACCCACUGGAACAUGUGCGGCCUGCAUCACUGGAGACAGCCGAUCUCUUAUCGCAAACCUGGCAGCAGCAAACUGCUACAAUAAAGAAGAACAUCUUGAUGUUGAGAGAAACUGGAGUCUGGUGGAGAAAGCUCAAGUUUAUUACAUCGCUGGCUUCUUUCUGACCGUUUCUCCAGAAUCGAUUCUUAAAGUGUCCAAACAUGCGUCUGAUAACAACAAGAUCUUUGGUCUGAACCUCUCUGCACCCUUCAUCAGUCAGUUCUUUAAAGAGCCGCUGAUGAAAGUCAUGCCGUACGUGGACAUCAUCUUUGGGAAUGAAACGGAAGCGGCUACAUUUGCAAAGGAGCAAGGCUUUGAGACAGAUGAUAUCGCAGAGAUCGCUCGGAAGGUUCAGUCCCUGCCCAAAGUGAAUAAGAACAGGCAGAGGAUUGUGGUCUUUACUCAGGGCAGAGAAGACACUGUGGCCACUGUGGGUGAUCGAGUGAAAAUGUUUCCUGUUUUAGACAUUGACCAGAAUGAUAUUGUCGAUACGAACGGUGCCGGUGACGCGUUUGUCGGAGGUUUCCUGUCAGAGUUGGUUCAAGAGAAGUCUCUGGAGGAUUGUAUCCGGGCAGGACACUACGCCGCCCAUGUCAUCAUCCGGCGAGGUGGCUGCACCUUUCCAGAAAAACCUGAUUUCCACUAACUCCUAUCCUCCGUCGUUCCAUCUCAUUCUUUUGGAUAUUCCAGCAACACAAUCUGCAGUCUCUGCACGUGUUUACAGAUGUUAUUGCUAAACGGGCAUUUAUAAGGAUUACCGCGAACACUCCAGUGAGGUCAUGUGAAAAAAUAAAACCAGCGUUGUCUUUUAAACUACAUAUAAUUUCUGCAUCAUAUAUAAUCUAUUAGAGAUCCAUUCUCUCCUUUGAAAGUGCAUUUAUAUUUCUCAAAAGUGAUAGAUAUUGAGUUAACUUAACAGGAUUAUUUAAUGGAUUUUUGUCUUUCAGGUCUGAGUUGUUUUGAAAAGCCAAAUCGUAUCUUAAACGCACAAUGUUUAAAUUUGCAGAAUCUGUCUCAGAUGUGGACAUUUCUCCGCGAGUCUCUGGAAUGUAACAGGUCGACUGACUGUGAUCUUUACUUAAAUAAAAAGAUUUUAUUGUUCCAAAGUA